AUGAGCUACGGUCACCGCCGCAAACAAUACCGAGGUGCCGACGAGUAUGACAACGACCGUCGUCGUGAGGUGUACGAUACGCCAGAGCAGAAGCUUAGGAAGAGCAUAAUAAACCUCGGGGAGGUGGACCCAGUGCAGGAGUUACCCCGCUUGGCGAAGCAAAUUAGAGAACAAGUCCCACUGAGCGUACCUGCUAUCUCUGAGGGGUUCCGGAUAGGAGUGACCGAGCAACCAUUCAAAAUCCCGUUCUAUGCAGCGCUUCUUCGUCUUCUCUAUGACCCGGACCCAGAUACGCCCGAUCAGUCCUCAUCAACUGACGCAUCUCCCUUGGGAAGGCAGAUCUUGGAAGAUUAUUGGAAGGGAUUCCAGGCAUUUUUGGACAAGCUAGCGUGGAGGGAAAUCCGUCUUUGUAUACAUUUUUUUGCGCAUCUAACAGUAGCGAAGCUCAUCUCUCCUGACUCCAUGUUCGAGGUCUUGAAGGCGUUCACCGCUGUUUUGGAAGAGUUUGGUGCCUCGCACGGCCGGGCGAUGAAAGCCGCCCAGUGUGCCGCGGAAGGUCUUAUGAUGUCUGGCUCUGCCAUCAAGCAGGAUCCCGCUACGGAUGUCUCUCAAAUCAUUGAUGCUAUAAGCUCUUAUAUAGACUCUGUCACGGUCUCCAAGACACUCGUGCAACCCAUCGUCAGGUUGUAUGGGGAGUCACCAUUGGUCGAACACGCCGACGAGCUCCUAGACUCUGCUUUGGCUGCCUUGAAGGUUUUGAAUGAGAGCGAUUUCGCUCAAACAGCAGACAACAUUCCUCAACCCUACGCCGAUUUCCCGGCACUCCCUGACGAGCCGUUCGACUUGCCCUCCAUCCUCGUUCCACCAGAAGUCAUUGAGCUUGAUGGCUUGACCACUGACACUGGCGAAGAUGCCCAAGUCAAGAAGGAAGAGUGGCCACAGUAUUUUGUUCGUCUUUUUGACGCUGACAUAACGCCUGAUCCUACUACACCUGUGGGAUAUGCGUUACGCUCAGGUAUCUUGGACCUCAUCGACAUCUUUGAAGUCAAUCGCAAGGAGUGUGCUCGGCUACUCCUAGAGUUCCCUAAGUGGCAGCUUCCCGGCACUUUCAAGCCCCGGCCAGGUGCACCUCCACAGGAGCCGCUACCAGGCAAGGAUUGGCAGCUGGAGAGCACAAUCAUUGAGGCUGCUCUGGGCUCGGUAUUCCUGCUGCCAGAAUCAGCUCACAAGCCUGUUUACUACAUUGCUCUUAUCACGGAGUUGUGCAAGCUGUCUCCCACAACGGUUGGCCCUGCGGUCGGCAAGUCGAUACGGAAGCUGUACUCGUUUUUGGCGGACGGACUCGACGUCGAAGUUGCACAUCGCUUCGCUGACUGGUUCUCUGUCCACAUGAGCAACUUUGGUUUCCAAUGGGUGUGGAGAGAAUGGGUGCCCGAUAUCUCCCUGUCUAUCGGCCAUCCCAAGCGUGCAUUCAUGCGGCGUGCGAUCGAGUUUGAGAUACGGUUGUCGUACUACGACCGGAUUCUCAAAACUUUGCCCGAACCUAUGCAGGCCGCGGACGCUUAUGUGAUGCCCGAGGAAGGCCCCGGCCCUGACUAUGAGUACGAUGAUCCAGCAAAACCGUAUUACGAGGCUGCUCAGUCUGUCUUAAACCUCAUGCGAGGUCGCACAAAAGCGGAGGACGUCGUAUCUCACUUGGACUCAUUGAAGAACACGUUGUCGGAAACCGCUGACGGUGACGUGAACGUCAACGCUGUGCUGCGCUCCAUCGCCGUGCAAUCGCUCCUUAACAUUGGCUCGCGCUCAUUCUCGCACUUCUUGAACGCCAUCGAACGCUACCUUCCCCUUCUCCGAAACCUCGCGUCCGGUAGCAUAGCGAGCAACACCGGGGGGUCGAACGUCGAGGCGCGUAUGGACAUACUCGACGCGGUGUCAUCGUUCUGGAAACGCAGCAAGAACAUGGUUGUGAUCGUCUUCGACAAGCUGAUGCAGUAUCAGAUCGUCGAUCCGACGGACGUCGUUGCGUGGACCUUCACUCACGGAGGCGUUCAUCCCGCGGCAGGAGAGAAGACAACCUUCAAUGCAUUCCAGUGGGAUGUACUGAAAGGCGCGCUUGACAAGGCCAAUGGUCGUGUCAUGAUUGCGCGCAGGAAAGUCACCGCUCUGAGAAAAGAAGAGGAUGAUAAUGCAGCUCGGGUAAAAGCUAGCGACAGUGCUACUGCGUCUAUGGAAGUUGACGCUGAGGCUAAGCCAGCUGUCAUGCCGGCAGCUGAAUCACCAGCACUGUCUACUGCUCUUAAGGCAUUUACAACACUGACACGGGAACAGAAGGCUGCACUCUCUCGCACACUUGAUGGCUUCGUCAGCUAUCUUGCGGCUGAAGACCGACUGAGUUCCCUCGCUGGUGACGUAAUCACAGAAAAGGCAUGGCAAAACCGUGCCAACUGGGAUCAGCCUGAAUGGAACACAUGGGAGACCUGGUGUUGGUAUCGUCAUUUCAGCCGAACGUACUCACCCUACCUGAGAAACUACGUCAACACACUGGCGGAUGCAGCAUUAACGAAGGUCAGCUCGUCAUCUGCCGACCCAGCAGCAGACUUGUUCAGGAAGACCUGGAACAUCGCAACUGGACAGGAGGUGUGA